UGUUUAUGUACGACACUGAAGUGAUCUGGUGGUUUUCCAAUAAAUCGACUGAAAGUCGUGCACAGACGUGCUUCCGUAAACCCAGAGAACAGCUGACGAUGAGCGACUUGGUGCGAACAGAUCUCGCGGAGUAUGCUCCAGCAUCCAACCUUUUGUUUAAUGAACACAUCCGGGACUUGAUCCAGUCUGGACGGAAUAUUUACCACUUUGCGUUCGGACAAUCGCCAUUCCCUGUGGUAGAAUCGGCUGUACAGGCUCUGAAGGACCAUGCCGGAGAGAACGCGUAUCUGCCAGUAGCAGGACUUAAACAACUUCGACAAGCAAUCUGUGACUUCCACCAAAAAUAUGACGGGUUCGACGACGUUGACCCCGAGGAUAUUAUCGUGGGCCCUGGGAGUAAAGAGCUCAUUUAUCUCGUCAUGCAUGUAUUCAAUGGAGACGUUAUAGUGGUGUCGCCCUCCUGGACGACGUACAAACCACAGGCUCGUUUAGCUCACCACAUACCAUUCGUCUUGGAAACGAAUCUGGAUAAUGCCUGGAAGUUAACGCCAAGACUUAUCAAUGAGUUCGUGGAAAAGAAUAAAAUGAAGAAGAACCGUCUUCUAAUUCUAAAUAAUCCGGAUAAUCCAACGGGUACAAGUUAUUCUGAACAAGAGCUACAAGAACUCAGUGGGGCAUUCAGAAAACAUAACAUCAUUGUCCUGUCAGACGAGAUCUACUCCCGCAUACGAUAUGACCAAAAUCACGUCUCUCUAGCAAAAUUUUACCCAGAAAGAACCAUCAUAAGUACUGGUUUGUCCAAAUGGGCGAGUGCUGGAGGGUGGAGGUUGGGUUACCACAUGUACCCUAAACAACUGUCAGACCUGAGGAAGGCAGUAAGAAGUGCUGCUAGCCACACGUAUACAUCAGCCCCCUCCCCAGUGCAGUACGCAGCCACAGAGAUGUUCCAGAAUCUGGACGUCUGUGAUGAUUACAUCAAACACUGCUCUAGGAUACUGGAUGCUGUGGGAUCUUAUUGCUACUGGGAGCUGACCUCAGUGGGAGUCAAGGCUGUGAAACCUACUGCAGGGUACUACAUAUUCCCAGACUUUGAGGUCAUCAAGGAAAAUCUCAAAAGAAGGGGAUUUAAAACCUGUGAGGAAAUGUGUGCUGUAAUGCUGGAUGAAUGUGGAGUAGCAGUAAUGGCCGGAGGUCCAGCUUUUCUGAGACCAGUGGACGAGCUGACCACUCGUCUGUGUUAUGUUCCAUUUGACGGAGGUAAUGCCCUGGCCUACAGUCGCAGUUUAGGACUUGGCACAGAGUUACCGGAGAAUUUUGUCAAAGACUACUGUACUCCAGUGUAUAAUGGUAUCCAGGCUCUGAAGAACUGGGUUUUGGACCAGAAGAAACACUAAAGACUACAAAUGACUUGAAAAGACUACUAUUCCAGAUCUUGUGGUGUAAAUGUUGAAGUCUUCUAGAAAUUGGGGAAUGAAGGUUCAUGUACAUUGUAGUUCUUUUAAAUCUAAAAAGUACACUAACUUAAUCCAUGCAUUACAUGAAGAAUUUACUAUAUUAUAUUUUCCUUGAUAUUCUUAUGGUUAUACAUUUUAAUAAAACAUUAAAUACAA